UUUGGCGCCAUGGAAGCGCUGCUCAAGGCGUUGGGCGACAGGCCUGACGAAGGCUUUGGCUCAGACCUCCUCGAUAAGCUGAAGGACUCUCAAGUGCUCGGCGCCACCGACUGCAGCAGCAAUGCGCUCGUUCAGCUGGUGGACGUCGUCAUGGAGGCAAGCAACACACACACACGAGCCACAGCACCCCUCCCAACAUCUUCUGUGGUCUGGUGAUGCUGCCCGCUGGCUGUGUAUGCCAGGGGAUGCAAGGAUCUGAGUUUGAGACCAGCUAUUGCGCUUUCACCACGGUCGCUGCGCUCGUACGGCUCGGUGAGCCCUCCCAGACGACAAACACGCUCUUUCACAUGGUAGAUCUGGUGUUUCAAUGGUUCACACGGUGCCCUCUGAUCAGAAACGCCUGUGGAUGAGUAUGGUGAGGAGUUGGUGGGCAAGCUGGUGGACUGCCUGCAGGCGCUGCUGCACAUCAGUGGCCUGGACGAAACCGACGACUCGUUUGCAUGCCUGGUCAGAAAAAAGGGGGUGAAUGGGGAGAUGGGGGACACAUGGAUAUGACCUCUCUCUCUUGUCGGUGUGUGGUUGGUGUGCAGGUUGUGUAUGAGGCCGUGACGCUCGCCGCCGGCUGCUUUGCCUUCUCUGGCGACGAGGGCACCACCGGCCACAAAAUCGCAUCAGACAUCCUCAACGAAGAGUAAGUGAGCCAACGACACACCUGACGGGAGGGGACACUGGAGGGUAGGGGAGCGAUGUUCUGUGGUUUGUGGUGUGUGGUGCAGGUUGCUGGCCUCGCUGCUGGGUCUGUGUGUGUUGACGCCCACGGCAGAGGCCGAUCAGUUCCCAGAUGGUGCGAGCACAAACACAGCCAAUACCCACACUGUGGAUGCUCUCUCUGUGUGUGUGCUGUGUAUGUGUUCAGCUCGUUCGUAUCUGCGGUUCCAGCAUGCCUUCCAGUGUCUGCACCGCGGCUCGUGUGACACACUCGCCGUGGCCCUCGACGUCGGCCCGUCAGCGUUGCGCCGUUCGUUCGAGAUGUCGCUGCUGGAAAGGCCCGCCCUCACACGAGCCGUCAAGAUGAUGCUCUCGCCGAACGACGUGCACGCAUCUGUCGGACACGCUGAGCUCAUCUGGUGGGUAAAUGGACGGACGGAUGGAUGGCUGUGUGUGCAUGGGGUCGGUGGUUGCCGGUGAAUGUGUGUGUCAGGCGUGGGCUUCGUCGCAAUGGCCGUGCCGAUGCGUCCACGUCAGAGGCGCUGGCACACCUGAGGUCUGAGUGGCCGGAAGCACUCACCCUACUCCGCUCCGGGAUGGUCGACACUGGUGAACGGCACACACAGACAGAUACUGGUAGCACCGAGAGGCCCCUCUGUGUGUGUGCUCUGUUGUGUUGUGUGCAGGUGCGUUCAACGAGUCUCUCCGCACGUUCCUCCAAAGCAACCCGAACAGACACAACAAGAAGGAGGCCAAGUACACACACACACACACACCACACCGCACCGCACCACACAGCUCAGCAGCUCUAUGUGGGAUACUCUGGUGUGCUAUGCGCUAUGUGCUGUGUAUGCAGCCUUGUUUCGCUCAACGGCUGUGCAGUGGUGCAGCUCGUCUCAACCACAGACGACGAUCCCAAAGAGCUGUCGACGGUCGAGGUCAGCGAGCGCUUUGUGUUGGUGCUCCAUCUCACCACUGCUGGGUAUCUUCCUUCGCUCAGGGUGUGUUGGACGUGUCGAUGUACAACCUGUCGUUCAAUUCUAGUGCGGAGGGCGACACUCUCGAAGUGCCCUACUGGUCCAUCGACAAGGUCGCCUGCGUCAAGUAAGCGCAAACCGACCACACACAGACCUCCCAUACAUAGUGUCAUGUCCAUGUUGUGCUGUGUGGUGUUCGCCCUUCUCAUGUGUGGUCAGGAACUGCGUGACGUGCCGCCUGACGCGCGAGAGCCUCCGCGACUGUGUGACGCGGUGGGGGGCCGAGUAUCGCAUCGAGAGGCAGGACGUCGCCGCCAUCAUCGAGCAAAACACACACACCGUCCAAGUCCAAUUCGCACUCUCUGGCCAGGUACGCAAAGACACCACACACCAUACCACAACGCACCACGCCACACAUCUGCUGCACUGGCGUGUCUGUAUGUGUGUCCAUCAGGUGGGGAUUCAGGUGGCUUCGACUCUUUGUGAGCUGUCGCUGACGGCCUUCGAGGUGGACGAGCCGACGCGCGACGACGAGGCUGCUGGGGAGUCCAACCUGCGCGUGUCCUUCGCCACCACCAAAGCUGCCAAACAGUCGCCAGAACUGCCCGCAGGUCACCCAAGAAUGGACGCACAUCCAACAGUGGUCUGUGUCUCAUGUCUAUGACAUGUUUUGUGCUGCAGCGAGUCCCCGCCCGCCGCAGACCGACACGCCCCCGAGUGGCGAUGAGGCUGAGGGCAGGGAGGCUGAGGGGCAGGGCAAGAAAGGCAUACUCAAGCGGAUGUCGAUCGCCAGCUCCAAGGAGAUGCGCACCCCCAGGGACAAAGACAAACGCAUCUCUUUCGCAUCGAUGCGACAGGUAAAGUCACCCACACACCCACCAAUCCACUCACCUCCCCAACCAGCACACUGACGUGUCUGUCAGGUGGUGCGUUUCGAUGCCGAGCAGGAGCGUCCCGACUGUGUGAGUCAGGAAGCGAUGGCCAACCCACCCAAGACACCCACACCACAACCCUUGCCAGAGCAAGAGGAAGACAGCGCCGAUGAGGCUGCCAAGGACACACCCGGCCGGCCGCCACGCACCAACCGAGCCGUCGAUCCCAAGCCAUCCUCCCCUCCCUGCCAGCCUCGAGGCCGUCCAUGCCCCGCUCCUGCCAUGAAACCCCCCUCUCCUCCCUCACCCGACUCGCUCCCCUCGCCCGUCGCACCGCCACGCCCCCCCUCCCCCCCACCUGUCGUCCCACCGCUGCCACGUGACAGCGAACAACAGAAUGAGCCCGAGCAACACGAUGAAGAGCAGCCCGACGAGCAGUGAGCACAUCAUCCAAUUGCAUGUGUCUCUGUGAGUUCACAUUUGUGUCCUUUUGUGCAGGAUGGAGGAGCCGCAGGGCGAGCAGGUGUCUGAGUCUGAGCAGAAGCGGCUGAAGCGUCGCCGGUCGGUGGGCGCCAAGAGCAAGGCCAAGCCGAAGCCCAAGAUGGGUCUCAGCAGAGCCCAGGUCCAGGCGAAGGCCAAGAAGGCGUCUGCGGCUGCUCGUGUGGAUGUGGAGAUGGUGGAGGAGGAUCGCGACCAGGAGGAGGAGGAGAAGGAGGAGGAGGAGGAGGAGAAGGAGGAGCCCAAGAAGGUGGCCAAGACCAAGAAGCGCAAGGAGCGGGUCGAAAUCAUGUGAGACACCACCGCACCUUAACACACAGACAACAUCCUCUCCCGUGUAUGCAAACAUACAUACCUUCCUUCAUGGCAUUGUCUGUGCGUAUGUUGCUAUGUCAGGCUUGACGAAAUGGAUGACGUGUCUGCCGACGAGGAGGGCGAUGUCGAGAUGAAGCCCAAACAUGACCUGGCUAAGAAACACAAUCGCAAGUGAGACAGAAAUGACACACCCACACCACCUCUGGCACAUGAGCAUCUCGCUCUGCGUCUGCCAGGGUGGAUGAGGUGGUCGGCAAGUCCCACAAGGAGUUCUACGGUGUCGAGAGGCCCAUGCGCAAGGACGAUGGUGCCAAGAAGAAACCCGACCGCAAGUGAGCACAAAGCCAGCAACAUUCCACUCACCCACGCACACGUGUUGUCUUUGUUACACAGGGUUGGUGAGGUGGGUGGCAGGUCUGGAAAGGAGCGUGACGGCGUCGAGAUGAAGCCACACAAGGCCAAAGGCGACGAUGCCAAGAAGAAACCCGACCGCAAGUGAGAGUUUCACAAGAACGACAUCCAUACCAGCCCCCCACACAACUGACUUGAUGUGUGUAUCAGGGUGGUGAAGGCCAAGUCGAAGCCUCGCUCACCGCCCCCUCCGCCCCGCAGCCCAUCGCCCCCGCCCACACCUCCCCCUGCGCACCAGCAAGACCAAGACCACGACCAAGAAGACGUCGUCAUGGCGCCACCGCAUGCCGACCAAAAGGCCGUGCCGCAGCCCAAGCAGCAGAAGCCGCCCCGUCCUGCCGCGCCCAAGGCUGCCGCGGCCAAGGCUGCCGCGGCCAAGGUGGAGGGCAAGGGAGAGCUGAAGGGCAAGGGGGAUGGGAAGCGCAAGGCGCCUCUGCUGCUCCGCCGCCUGUCGCCGUCGCCAGUGGAUAAUGAGUCGCCUAAGAAGUCGCCUAAGAAGUAAGACGGAAGCGAGGCGGGAACAUGUGGAUGGAUCUCUCUGUCUGCAUGUGUUGUCUUGUGUGUCAUCAGAGCUGUUGCCAAGCCAGCUGUUGUCGAGCGCGCGGGGUCCGAGCCGCCUGUCAAGCCAUCGGGGUGACGACCUGCAUGCACACAACACACGCACCACAUACACCCACGCACACACGACAGUCAUCCUGUGUUCUCUCCGCUCACCGUCAGUGCGUUGAAGCGUCGUGCCGCCCACGUGAGGAAAAAGUCGCCAGCAGCCCAGCCUGUCGUCCGUGACCCGGAGGCCCCGCCCACGCCGCCCAGAUCUGCUGUGCACAAGCGCGGCCAGGGCGACCUCCUGCACGACUGGCUCGAGUCGCCUUCCCUGGACUGGGAGGACCUCGGCGUCAGUUUCGGGCGGCCGGUCAACAGUGCCAAGAGGGCAUUCAGACUCACCAGCAAGGUGCCGCCCAAAGCCAAACCAAAGGCGGCCAAACCAAAGGCCAAAGCGACGAAGGUGAAUGGAUGCGUCCACACAUCGAUCUGAUGUGAUUGAUGCGUACAUGAAUGUCUCUUCGUCUUUGAAUGCAGGUGGUUGGUGCUGGCGGUGGUGUUGCGAAGCGUGCGGGCGGCGGGGGAGGCGGUGGGGGUGGGGGUGCUGCUGGCAAGAAGCGGCAGGGCGCCCCGCCUGCCAAGCCGCCCGCCAAGAAGAAGCAGAGGAUCGACAACAACAAAGCACUGAAGCCUGUAGCAGAUCGCAAUGACGGUAACACGGACGCGAAGAAGGGAAAAAGGGAAGGUCCUAAUGGCCUGUGUGUGCGUACUUGUGCAGAUGAUGGUAUGUCGCUUGAGUUUGGUGAUGACGAGCCCGCCCCUCGCGAGCCCCGCCUGCAGCCACACGUGCGCGUCGCUGCAUCGGCCAUCGACCGUGCACUCAAACGGAAGGACACAGACCUGCACGGACUCAUUCGCAUGCUGGUAAGUGACCCUCCCACUCGUACCUUCCAUUGACAUGGCGAUGGAGACAUAUGUGUGGGUGGGUGUUGCCCCGUGUGUAUGUGUGUGUGUGUGUGUGUGUGUCAGGAGAGUAAGUUGCAGACUGCCGAGAAUAUGUUGAAGGCAUGAUCGCACACACACACGCGUCCAUCCAUUCACGCAGCUGUGUCGCAGGCACACAGAAAGAGACAGACAGACAGACCGACCCCAUACAUCACCAUCGAAGGACACUUGCAAUGACAUCGACAGCCAGUGUAUGUCGGCCAUGACGCAUCCAUGUACGUGUGGACGUCUGUAUGCACGCCUGUGAUCGGACCAUCGAUUCCAUCGCAUCUGCAUGACUGAUUCAAAUACAUCAUGAUGCA